CAUGUAACACAGAUGCUGAUCACCAAUCAUAAGCCAAAUUGGCAGCCGCCGCUUUGCAUUUUCUCUUCUGAUGAUGCCCAUAUGGAUCUAUGGCAUUACAUUUCUUCUUCAUACUAGUAUCCCUCAUUGUUGCAUGUUCCUAAAAAUAGCUGUGACGUCAAUCACAAGAAGGAUGAUAUCUGAAUACCCAUGCGGCGGGAAUUCUUCACUGCCUAUCAUGUCGUGUCGUCGGUGGCGGCUGUUCGAUGAUCAUCCUUGUAUACGAAUCUCUGGCUGGCUACGUUAAUGCGCUAGCUCUCGAGUCUCUUAUGCAUGUGACGGCGA